AUGGCUAGCGAGAAGCAUCUGCUUGGCGCGAUACCAGCGCGCGCGAUCUUCACUACGCGCGCAGGGCUCCUCAUCUACGCCUGCCUCGUCCUCCUCGCCGUCGAACUCAUCCUCUGCGCCCAAUGGCUUGAGUCUGACGUCGGGCGUCCUCAGGCGCUCCUCCAGCGUGAGGGGACCAGCAGGGUGGAGACGCUCACUGGCAUCGCGGCGCAUUGGGUUUACGAGCUCUUCACGUCCAUCAAUGGCGGCCGUUUGAUCAAAAUUCUGAAGCAGCGCUAUGCUCCCGAACCGCUGUACAUGCCGCCUGAAGGCGUUCCCGUCGCAGCAGGUCUCUUACUGAUCGACUUGAACUGGAUCGUGAUCUGCCCGCUCAUCUUUGCGACGGUCUCUUCCGUCCUCGUCUUCGAUUCCGGUUUCUGGGUCGCAGCGCUCGGUUGCAUUUGGGUCAUCGCGCUCAUCAUCGCGCAGAAUCUCUACCUGCUCUCGCACUACACGACUCCUUACCAAACGGCUACAAGCCUCUACCCGGCCUACCUCUGGCACCAGCCUCUCGCCAUUCAUGUCCUCAACCGCACGUAUCCCAAGCGUCUCUCCAACGGAGCGAGAAUCGAGCUCGAAACGAAUGACAAGUACACUCAGAUCUGGCUCGUUGGACGCUGCAAGUCAGCGUACUAG